AUGUCUCAGAUUCAAAGAGGAAUCCCAUUGUUUUUUCGUCACGAUGGCUAUUAUGAGAUUGCAUGCACUGUAAUGAACCAACUGACGGCCUCUGAUGUUGGCGCCCUUUUGGCUUCACUUCGUAUUACACCCACCCAACGUAUCAAAGAAAAGUUCUUACAGCCACUGCGAGACUUUGACCAUACCAUGCAACAGUUUGAGCCUUGGUUCCACGACAAGUGUCAGGUUCUCAUCAUCGGCCCAGACACCGUUCGAUUGAAUACCCAAAUCUUCAAGGCAGAGGAAUACUACAAGGAGAAGCGUCCACAUCAAGCUCCGCUAGAGGUGUGCAUUUUUGCAAUUCCCCACAACUUUGAAAAAAGCAUUGAGAAGAUCAAACGCCUCAGUGACUGUUAUGUUGCUUCCUCUGAAUUCUCCUUGAGGGAGCGUGCAGCAGCGCUGAUUACCGGAGAAAAGCUUCUUGAAAUUGGUUUGAUCAGACAGAUAAAGAGCACAAAGGCCCGACCGAGCAAAGUAUCCGGAGAGUGCCUAGAUGUCAAAGUUUUUAAUCUUUUUGUCGCGUCCACAGAUCAUGAUCUUUAUGCAGCGCAUCUCAUCAGGCUUGAAUUUGCGGGCAUGAGCUUUGGCAUGGCGUGGAACAUUAAGGAUUCAAUGUCGAAAGAUAGCUGUUGGAAGGCAAGAUACAGAAUUCCGUACAUUGAGGCUACCAUCUCUGGCGAUAUAAAGGUAGCCGUGGAAGACCGUUCCCGUCGUCCUAAACCGAAAAGCCUGGUAUUUGACUCUGAGUACCCGGAUUGGGAUCCGGAGACGACAGUUUCUAUUCCUAUAUGUUCGGUAUGA